AUGUUCAGCUAUCUACCUUGCUUCACGGCGACUUUGUGCAAGUCCACCUGCCCCAGACGCAAAUCAGCCAUACCUACUGUUGUUCAUUACCCCGAUCAACGAGCUGGACAGCCCAUCAAUUCAACCAAACAGUCGAGCAACGCAACUUAUCAUGCACAACUCAAUAGCUCAGAGGCAGAUAAUCUCUAUGCCCCAUUUACUUUGAAGCUCAAUUGGGAGAUGGCUCGAUGGGCAAAGCUAUGGGGUCCCAGUUCAACUGCGUUCUCAGAGCUUGUCUCUAUUGAGGGUCUUAGUGACAAAAUUGGUCUCUCCUUCAAGAACUCAUGCGAGCUGAACAAGAUCAUUGAUAAUGAACUUCCGGGCCGUCCGAAAUUCAAACGAGAGCAAAUUGUCAUUGCCGGUGAAGCAUUUGAUGUAUAUUAUCGCGAUAUCAUCGAGUGCAUCAAGGCUCUCUUCAGUGACCCGAAUUUUGCCGAUUUUCUUGUCUUUGCACCUGAGUGCCACUAUGCCGAUGAAGAUGAGACGGUUCGUCUAUAUCAUGAGAUGCAUACAGGUAAAUGGUGGUGGAAUUGUCAGAAACAACUAGACCACGAGCAUCCUGGUGCGACAAUAAUUCCCGUCAUCAUUUCGUCGGACAAGACUCAAGUUACCUUGUUUUGUAACAAGACCGCAUACCCUGUAUAUAUGACUAUUGGAAACAUUCCGAAAGAGAUCUGUCAGAAACCGUCACACCAGGCGCAUGUCCUUCUUGCAUACCUCCCAACUACCCACCUUGAACAUGUCACUAACAAAGCUUCUCGCCGCCGCAUGCUCGCCAAUCUCUAUCAUGCUUGUGUGCAAUGUGUACUUGCUCCACUCGAAGCUGCAGGUAUCAAUGGGAUUAAUAUGCGAAGUAGUAAUGGGGCUAUGCAUAGAUGUCAUCCAUUGUUUGCGUGCUUUGUAGGAGACUAUCCAGAGCAAGUUUUAGCCACAGGGGUCAAGACUACUCAAUGUCCGAGCUGUGAUGUACCCUCAGAUGAGCUUGGUCUUGCAGCGGGUGCUGCAAAUUUUCAACCACGAAAUCUCAACACAGUACUCGAUGCCCUCCAUGCUCUUGAUGAAGAUGGAUUAGCCUUCGUCCAUGCAUGUACAGAUGCUGGCAUUAAGCCUAUUGUUCAACCAUUCUGGCAGGAACUGCCGUUCAUUAACAUAUUCGAAUCCAUAACUCCCAAUAUUCUCCAUCAACUCUACCAGGGACUUGGUAUUACAACUCUUUCAUGCUUGAGUGGCACGGAGCAUAACCAAAUUUGCCAUUUCUUACUCGGGAUCAUCAUUGACAUCAGGCUACCUGACAACAUGUCUUCCGCCCGGCUCCUCCACUUUUUAUAUCUGGCUCAAUAUCCAUGUCACAGUUCUGAGACACUGACUUUGCUGGACGAGGCCCUUGAUCUAUUCCACGACAACAAGGAAAUUUUUGUCGACCUCAGCAUUCGGAACUCCUUCAACCUGCCAAAACUCCAUUUCGCCCUUCACUAUGCUCACAAGAUUCGAAUGUAUGGUACAACAGAUAAUUACAAUACGGAAUACACUGAACACCUCCACAUUGACCUUGCAAAAGAUGCAUACCGCUCCACUAACCACAAGAACGAGUUUGCACAAAUGACGACCUGGCUUGAGCGGAGGGAGAAAUUUUUUCGCCAUGAGACAUACAUUCAGUGGAGACUCAUCGCAGGCACUACCUGUCAUCCGCAUCAUCACCCCCGUCCUCCCAAGAUGUCAUUUUGUCGUACUCAGACAAUGACGAAGCAUCCUACCAUCAAGGCAGUCACAUUGGACAAAGUCACAAAUGAGUAUGGUGCUACAUACUUUCGUGAAUCUCUCGCACGCUACGUCGUAAAAGCCACACUUCCUGCAAACACUACCAUUACAUCUCGGCAACUUGAAGAUCGAGCUGUGGACGUGUACAUCCCAUUUCAAACACUGCCAGUGUUUCACAAGAUUAAAUGGGUCUCAGUCGACGUUCGCGGCCACGGCGACCCUCCAGUUACUGUCGAUAGUGUACAUGCACGUCCUGGACGUUCACUGGCAGGAUCAUUUGCAUCCGACAGUGUCGCAGCUCGAUUCGACACUGCAUUCAUCAAUGACGGUACAGGAUUUCGAAUCGCACAAGUUCCUAUCCCCAUGCUCUUUCCAUCAACAUUCCAGCCUCCGAAAUACCUUGCCUACGUGGAGUGGUUCUCUGCUUUCCGUGCGCCUGACAAAGACCACGGCUUGCACAAAGUCACGCGCAUCAUGAAAAAUGGAGAACGAAUGGCUAGUAUUAUUCCAAUCAGCAAUAUUCGUUGUAGCGCACAUUUAAUUCCGAGUUUCGGUCCUGUUGCUCCUCGCGAAUGGAGUUCUGUUAAUGUCCUUGACAAGUGUCGGUCAUUCUUUGUAAAUCCAUACAUAGACAGACACAGUUUUGUAACAUUGCGCUAA